CAUCUUUAUGAAGUCAUCUACCUCUCCUGUCUCGUCUCAAUCCCCUCCACCACCACGCGCGCACGAAACCCGCGCACUUUCCCCUCCUCUUCCCUUCCUCGCGCCGCGUCCAACCGCAUCGCAUCUCACCCCACCUCCUCCCUCGGGUUCUUGGUGCGGGGAGCCAUGGCGGCCGCCGCCGGGGCGCCACCGGGGUUCUUCUCCUUCCUCAAGCACGGCGUGCUCGUCCCGGCGCGUGGCCGCGGCGUGUUCCUGCCGCUGCUCGCGCUCACCGCGGCGCUCGCGGGCGCGCUCCUCCUCGCGAACUCGCUCGCCGUGCAGCCGCGCGCCGUCGCCGCGCUCCUCGACGCCGACGCCCUCAGCCGCGCCGACCCGGCCAGCGCCGCGUACCCGAAGCUCGUCCGGAGGUUCCGCGACGACCUGCGGGGGCUCCUCGUCGACGCCGCCGCGUGCGUCGCCGCCGCGGUGGUCGCCGGGUCGGCGAUCAAGAUCGCCACCGUGUUCGGCGCCGUCGCGGCGUUCUCCCCCGCCGGCGGCGAGGACCGCCGCGCCACCGUGUCCGGGCUCAUCGGCGCGGCGAGGGGGAACGUGUGGGGGCCCGUGCUGACCAUCGCCUUCGGGUACGUCCUCGAGGUGGUCUGCGCCGCGGCCAUCGUCGCCAUGGCGAUGCUCGUGGUGCCCCUCCUCGAGUACUCCCUGCUGCUCCUCUUCCUCGACGCCAUGGCCGUGCUCCUCGCCUCGCUCUUCCUCGUCUACCUCACCGUCGUCUGCGCGGUGGCGCUCGCCGUGUCGGCCGCGGAGCCCGGGGGGCGCGGCGCCGGGGCGGUGUCGCGCGCGUGGCGCCUCAUGAGCGGCAAGAACGCGCAGGCCGUGCUCUACGUCGUCGCCACGUUCGCGCUCGCCGCCGCGGUCUCGCCGGUGUACACGCUCGCGCUCAGGUGGUGGCCUCGCAGCGCGCCGGCCGGCAUCGCCGCCGGCGUCGCGUACGUGCUCCUCCUCGGCGCCGUCGAGGUGUUCUCCGUCGCCGCCGUCACGGCGUACUACUUCGAGUGCAGGGAGAUGAAGCAGGUGGAAGAAGACAUGGCGGCGGGUCACCACCACUACACCAAGCUCUCUAAUGGCGACGAGGCAAACAUUUGACCAAACAUUUGUGAAUUUUUCUCUCUUCCGAAUUCAUUGUAUGAGUAGUGUUUGAUAGAUGCUACUACUAAUAUUCUUACAUUGGGAUUGACAUUGCAAAUUCCAUACAAACCUUCAAGCAAGGAACAGUAGUACCAUAGCAAUAUCAUGUUACAUCUAUGCCUACAUUUUAGUGUGGUGAAUUUUGCUCAAAUUGACUGUAAAUUUUGUGAUUGCACAUGUGAAAACUGCAAUCUUUUAAAAAUUAUGCGAAUUCUAAAACAUAUUGAAAGAUGAUGCAAAUUCUCA